AUGUGCCAUCGAACAACGUGCCCAAACGACGGCAAGCCGACGUGGUGGGGGUGUGGCCAUCACAUUGAAUCUGCGCUCAAGGACGUGCCCGAGCAAGACCGGUGUCAGUGCGAGCACGAGUCGAUCCCCUACCUCCCCUUCAUGAAGCGCGUCAAGGCCAAGCCUGCUGACAAGGCGGGAGAGGUCGAGGCCAAGUGA